UGCGGAGGGUCUUCUCGGAGCGCCUGAGGGGGCCCCGCGGUGCGGGGGUUCGCGGCACCGGCGCCGCCGCUCCCGGGGGCCGUGGGGGCUCCAGGGUGACGCCGGUGGGAGAGGGCACCGCUCCCUCGCCCCCUCCCCCGGCCGAGGCUGAGGCGCGACCGCUGCCGCUGCCCGCACCGCGGGGCCGCGCUCGGGCCGCCCGGCCGGAGCCCCGCGCUGCCGGCAGAGCCGGUCCGGCCGCCCGCGGCCUGGGGAGGCAGCGCGGUCGGGGCUCCCUCCAUGUUUGUUUCCUUUCCCAGGGGGAGACGGGCGGCCCGAGGCUUCCAGCCGGUGGUGCAGGAGCUGGAGGUGGGAUGGAGGUAGUGGCGUAAGGACCCCGCGCCUGCACCGCCACAAUUAGGGAGGAAAGAGGCUGGAAUCGCUGGUGGUGUGCGCCUGUGGCUGCUCCCCAUGGCAGCUGCGGACCCCCAGGUUCUGGCCUUGGCUGCUCAGGUCACUGAGAGCGGGGAACAGGACAUCCCCCUGCUGCUGCUGAAGUUAAAGGGAGUUUUAAGUAGCCCUUCCUUGGGAUGUGAAGAAUCAAAAAAAAUUAAGCAAGAUAUAUAUGAUUAUGGUCUUACUCAGUACUGCUUGCUGGUCCUUAGGCAAGACCACUCUCGACUGCGGGGAGGCUGGGCCACUGCUGCCCAGCUAGCAGAGAUACUAAGUCAUUGUUGUGUAGGACUAGAGAUGAAAGAAGAUCCUGAGGAAUUUUACGAGAAGUUUCUUCCUUCAGCCAUAGACAACCUGCUGGUCUUGGGAAAACGCUUGCAGGCGAGAUUUAUCCGAGCAAUCAAGGAUAAAGAAAAACAAGAUUUUUUACACUGGUUCCAAACAGUAACCAAUGCCAUCUGCUGGCUGUUCGAUGGGCAUAUUCAACUAGCAGCAUGUGUACUGCAAAAUGAUUGCUUCCUGCAGUUGUUAAUAACAGAUGAUGUUGAAACAGCAAUUAUAAUGAUGUCUGUUUUAGACAAUAUUUUGAGGAUCAAUAGUUCUGUCUUCCUUCAAGUUGAUAAAGCGACCCUUCACUCUGUUUUGGACGAACUUGUUUAUAAGCUUUCAUCUACCACCAAUCCUGCUGUUGGAAGUGCUGCCACAAAACUGCUGUUGGUGGUGGCAAAACUGAGCAAACAGCUUGUGCAGUUACUCACAGCUCGCUACAAAGGCAGUACCAGCCAGGAAGAUUUCUGGACCAGAUGGGCAGCUUUACUACCCUUUUGCUUGAGAGGAUUAAAAGGGCUUUUAAAUAAACAGUGGACUGGCAAAGGAUUUGACAGGGAGCUCAAUCAGCUGUUGGACGUGCUAUAUUUGGAACAAUUCAGUGGAAAAGGAGAAAUGCAGACUGUUUUAUUUCAGAAGCAGCAUCAAGCAGCAUGUAUAAUCCAGGCUACGUGGAGGGGAUUUCAGACAAGGAGAAGGCUGAAAAAGCUACUCCAAGCAGUGACCACAUUACAGAGAAGCUUCAGAGCUAAACGGGAACAGGAGCUGCAACACUUAGCAAAACAGAAGGAAGAUGAGGCUCUAAAACUGCAAAUGCAACUUCAGAGACAGAGAGCCAUGAGACUCUUCCAUGAACGACAGCUGGCCUUACUGGAAAGAGUCCAUGCCAGUCAGGUAAAUAAAUACAUGGAGGAAAUGGAGGAUAAAUCAGCAUUAACUAUCCAGAGAUUCUGGCGAGGGUAUAGAGCAAGAAGAAUUUUUCAUCAACAGAAACAAUCUCUUAAGGAGUAUAAAGCAGCUGUCAUUAUUCAGAGAACAGCUUGUAAAUUCUUGGAAAAACGAAGAAGGAGGAGACCUCUCUCUCCUUGGAAAGAACCCAAGGGACUGACUGAUGAGCAGAGACUAGCUUUGCAGCAGAAGGUGGAUGACUACAUCAAAUUGCAUCCGGCUUCCCAAAUGUCAGAAGAAAUGAGUAAAGAAUUACAUAUGCGGGCUCAGGAAAAGCUGGCACAGUUCCUGUUGAGGAGCAGGCUGGAUCAGAGAGCAGCGCAGAGGAGAGAAACAUUACUGGCUCAGGUCAACACUGAUGUGGAGCUGCUAAUGAAUGCUCCAGGGUUAGCAGAGACCACAGAAAAAGACAUUGGUGUCUUUGUGAGUCGAUCAGUCCCUGUAGCUACCAAGGCAAGACAAUCCCACAACACUAUGCUGAAAUACACUCGCUGGCCAUGGUGGAAAAAGCUUGGAGAUGAGUUUAUGGAGGAUGAUGUAAUUCCUGACGAGGCCCUAAAUACAGAACUGGAAACUCUCUUUAUUGGUGGUAGAAAAUCUUUAUAGGUAACAAGCUGAAGAAUUCCAUAUUCAACCAGACUCAUACCUUGUACUAUGCACUUACUUUUGUGUGUUUUUAAGGAAGGAAAACAUUUGAAAAAGACUGAAAAAUACCAAAACCUCAUUUUAGAGUAUUUUACUUAUCUUGGAAAGAAUCCCUUCCUGUACAUCAACAGUUGGAUCCUAUUGAUCUUGUUGCAAAUAGGAUUUAAAUACUGUAGUUGUAAAUGUAGUUGUAAAUAUUUUGUAAUUUGUAUCACUUUAAAGGUAAGUUUAUAAACUUUGUCUUUUCAGUUCUUAUUCACACUGGGAUGCAUAAAAAAUCAGGACAUUGGAAAAGCCUUGGCUUUUAUAGCAAAACAUUUUUAUCAAGUCACGUGCUUUGAAAUAAAGAUGGGUUCAGAACAAAACAAGCCACCAAUACAAAAUCAAACAAGCACGAGGUAGACUGGGUGCUUUCUCUGUAUUCCUCCCAGGCUACCUGUCCUUGCUUCCACCUUCUGUAAGCUCCCUUUUGUUUGAGUUUGUGCAGGAGUUUCAUUUUUAUCCAUGAAGGCCUCCUGGAGUUUUUUGUCUGACUUCCUUUUUGUUGGGAUGCGUUGCUCCUGAGCUUGGAGACGAAGGUGAUCCUUGAAUAUUAACCAGCUUUCUUGGGCUCAUCUUCCCUCCAGGGCUUUAUUCCAUGGUACUCUACCAAGCAGGUCACUCAAGAGGUCAGUCCCCUUGCCAGCCUUAGGAUCUUGAAAUCCACCAUUUCAUGGUCACUGCAGCCAAGGCUGCCCAUGAGAUCCAUUCCUUACCAGCCCCUCCUUGUUGGUGAGAAGAAGCUACAGCACUACACCUCUCCUUGUUGUCUCCUCUAUCUCUUGGAGAAGGAAGUUAUCAUUAAUGCAUUCAGGAACCUCCUGGAUUGCUUGUCCCCUGCUGUGUUGUCCCUCUAACAGGUAUUGAGGUGGUUUAAGCACCCCAUGAGGACCAGGGCUUGUGAAUGUGAGGCUGUUCCUAUCUGUCUGGUUUUCCUCUUGGGGCAGCCUGUAGCAGACCACCACUGUAAUGUCCCUGCCCUCCCUUUAAUCCUGACCCAUAAACUCUGUAAGCUCCUCUUCCAUCUCCAGAGCUCCAUGCACUCCAGCUGGUCAUUGACAUAGAAGGCAACAACUCCACCUUGUCUCCCAUGCCUGUCCUUCCCAGGGAGCCUGUAUCCUUCCAUUCCAAGAGUCCAGUCAGAGAAGCCAUCCCUCCCUUCUCUGUGGUGUCAAUAAGAUCACAGCCCUGCAGGUGUGUAUAUUGCUAUAUGUAUAUCUCUAACUCCUCUUGUUUAUUCCCCAUGCUGUGUGCAUUUGCACGGGGGCAUUCCAGUUGGAUCCCUGAUGAGACCAACUUCCUGGCUGGAGUGGCUGCAAUUUCUUUAUGCUGCUCUUCAGGUGCUCUUCUGCCCACUUGUGAUCCCUCUCCAGACUCUAGGCUUCUCUUGCUGGCUCUGACAUCAAGCUGGGAUGGAUGGAGGUUCCUCUCCCCUGGCAACUGUAGUUUAAAGCCCUCUUCACCAGCUGGGCAAGCCCAUGACUGAAGAUGCUCUCCAGAUGGACCCAUGAGCCCUCAGCAGCCCAUGUUCCUUGGGGCUCACAGGUCACCAGCGCUCCCUUGGGCUGCCUUUUUCCUUUAAAAGCCUGCAGUUCUUCUCACAGCCAAUGCAGUGUACGGGAGCAUGGGCACAGUCCAAACUCUUACGUGGGAUUGUAGCCUCGGUGUGACCAUCUGGCUCUGUCUUAAACCGUGAAGAAGUUGUUUAAUCCAGAAAGGUCUCCAGCCCAGGGCCUCUGCAGUCACUGUGGCCCAGAAGACAGUAAACACCUCCAGUAGGAUCCUGCCUAUGGGUGUGCCCAGAACAAGAACUCGAGGCUGCACUAGUGCCACAGGAGCCUGCACUAUUUUUCUGGUAAAAGGCACAGAGAUUCUUAAAAAUUAGAUCUUACCUCACUGCAGAGGAGGAAAAAGUGCAGUGAUUUCUGCUGGUUUUAUGUGGGCAGCAAUAUUGUUUCAGCAUGUUUGUUUUCCAUUCUCUCUAGAUGGCUUUGAGUUUUAAUUUCAGUGGAGAUGAAUGGAAAACAAAUAAAUAGAAAUAGUGGGCAGAAGCCCAAGCCCGUUCAGUUGCAGCUGAUACGUUGAAAUUAAUAACUGGACAGCUGCCAGGAGGAAGAGCUGGGCUCUGUUAAUUUUUUGAAAAGAACUGUGAUUUGGAAUGCACUUGAAUUGGCUUGUGAUUCCUUUCUUGGAGAGUUAAAUGGUGGAACAAUCCAUUAGGUGUUUGCUAGGGCACUCGCAUGUGUCUGUUGAGUUACAUUUUGUUCUGCACAACUCUGUUGUUAGUUUUAAGCCGUGCCCAUAACAGGACAGGUGCCCUACAACCACAGGGCAGUCACCAAGCACUCCAGGGGAUGGAAACUGUCCCCCAGCAGCUUCCAAGCUCUGACACUGGAAAAGGCCCAGCAUCUCUGGAUGGAUGCACUGCAGCAGGCCAGCUUUUCCCUCCUAAAUACCUGAGUCCUCUGUAUACAUCACUGUCCCCUCUGCCCCAAACUGUUUUGACAGAGCAGCCGCUGCUAUUCUGUUUAUUCCUGAUCACCUCCUUAGAGCAGGGAGAUGGUCGCCAAGGGGCUUUGCUGAAUGUAUCUUAAAAAAAGACCUGACCCCCCAUGGCCAGUGUUAAAUACAAAGUGAAUUAGAGAGCCAUCUUACCAAAAAGACAUUUAUUGUAAUGGCCUCUGCCACUCACUGCCAUUGGAGUGGAUAAUGAAGUCCCAUUUUAGAAUGUGCAGUUUGCUAGAUAAUGAGGGGUUUUAAGUGAACAGAGAGCCUAGUAGAAGGUGCUAUCUUGCUGAAGGAAAUAAAGUUGCUGAUCCAGCAGUCCAAACUCCUCUGCCCCACCACGGCCCUGACAAAAAUGCCUUGUUUUACUUUGUGCUUGCCACCAGGAUAUUGCAGUCACCUUCAUUUUACAGACCAGGGAAACAGAGUCACAAGAGCCAUGAGGGAACGUGCCUAUGGCCAUAUGUAACUGUAUAACCUGUCACUUGUUCCUGUUACUGUUCCAGGCAGAACAAGCCAGGACAGAGCCACUACAUGCUGAGGCAGAGCUGGGAGAUGUUCUCAAAUGCCAGUUGCUGUGGCCAGCUUGGAGCCUGAGCCCAGCAAAAGAGAUCUCCAGGCUCCCUUGCUGGGAGGAAUUAGGCAUAGCUUGAUUCAUGCUCUUUUCAAGUCCUGCACCACAUGCACCAUAGGCAGGACAUAUUGCUAGCAUUUUAUUUCACUGCAGCUCUUUCUGGAAUAAAAUACUCCUGCCUGAAUAACAGGAACAGGUAUAGACAGCUGAACAGAAGCCAUCUCCAGCUUGCUAUGAGGUGAACAAUCCUCUCUGGGUUAUACAGUCACCCAAAAAAAAAAAAAAAGACUGUAGGAGAGACUGUGAACUGAGAUGGGACCAGUCCUGCUCCCACUUCCCUGUGUGCCACAGGCAUGCCCAGAAAAUUUGGAGCUGUUACUUGGACAUAAACAUGCAGCACAGGUGGUCAAGCCAAGUAGGAAAAAGGGGCAGAGUUCGGUUGUGCCCAGCAGGUCUGGGCUGUGCCCCUGUGGGUAGUGAGCAGGCCUUCCCCAGUAGGCUGAAGACAGACCCUGGUCACCCAGGGGAAGUGUGGGAGUGCCCUCCACACCAGUGGAGUGACACACCUGGGGGCACCUGUGAUGAGGGAAGGGGCAGAGGUGGAGCUGGAGCUGCUCAGGCAGUGUUGCUCAGGUCCGUAAAUACUGAUGGCUGUCUCAGCUGGCCUGUGGGGGCGAUUCAGCUGAAUUGCAGGUUUCUGUUGCUGUGAUAAAUUGGACCAAUUUGUCAUGUGGGUUUGUUUCUUCCCUCCCUUAAGUAAAGCUAUACAGGAGUGUUAUUGCUACAGCUUCAGCAGCAGCAGACAAUCUGGAAAACAAAAUCCUCUGGUGGAUAUGGAUAAAAUGGAAGGGACAGUGACUCUUCUUCUGCCAAAGGUGCCACCAAAGUCAUGGAGCUGGAAGAAGGCAGCAAAGGAACAAAACAAACGAAGAAUUACUCAGCCCUUUCAGAGAGAGAGACAAGGCGGUAUCCUCUGCUGGCUCCUGAAAUUGAGGAAAAUUCCUGUUUAUGCAGACAGGGUUUUUUUUCAGCUGUAGCUGUAACUGGACUCUGCAAACAACAGGAUGCUCAUCUCCAGCAGAGACACAGGCAUGCGCUCAGGACUGUGCUGCUGAGUCCAAGGGCGUCUCCUGGCCUUUCAGACUGGCUGUAAUAGGAGCUCUGAGCUGAGGACAGGAGAUAACCCUGAUGCUAUUUCACCCCUUGCCUCUGAGCCUUCUACGGCCGAGUUCCAUGCGAGCAGAAUCCGGUACAAACAUCUGCUCUCCACUGCAGAGUAUCACGUAUAUCGAGUACAGGGAGGAACAAAAGCUUUCUCCAAGUAGCGGAAUCAGGGCUAUUUAUAAAUUAUCCUUCAUCAUAAAAGGAGGCAGCCCUUUGCAGGGGGAGCUGCAAAGACCAUUGCAAAACAGGCCUCCAAGUUCUCCUUAUCAUCCUUCUUUACAGCACAAUAGCAGCAGGUCAUCCUCUAGGCAUCCUUGUGUACAGUGAAGAACCCUUUAAUAGAUUGUUUACUACAUGAGUGAUAUAAGGGUCCAGAUUGACCAAGGGGAACUGAAGGACAGGUGUCUCCCAUCCCCUCUUGCCUGCUCUCCCUGAAGGUAGGGCUGGGUUUACUCCAGGUGCUGUCUUGGGACAGAAUGACAAAGUCUGGCAGGUGAGGACCAAGGUCAGGACACCGCAGCUCUGGCAAUUUUUCCCAGUUGUGCUGGAGAACUCCUCUGUGACCUUGAGCACAUAUUGUUUCUGUCUUCUCUCAGAUGAGGCUUACUGUUGCAUUUGUAAUUUAAGAGCCUUCAGUAGAGGAUGCUGUGAGACCAGUGCCACUGAAAUCCCAUUCUACUAAACUGAAAUUGGAGUUUGACAGGCCCUGGAAAGAAAAAAUAUUUGUACAAUCAGAUGUUGAGCGCACAGAAAGAGCUCAAGGUUGCCAUGCUAUUAAUUUCUCUCCACAUUCAACUUUUCUCUGCAGAAUUUAGUUCUUCUCUAAUUACAUCCUCAAACAGAAGCAAUGUUAUUACCUGUGCUGGAUCUCUUAAUAAAACCUAUGAAUACAA